AUGGACAAUAACAUUCUACUAAAAACCGAUUCAUACAAAAUUUCACAUCAUCAACAAUAUCCACCUAAUACAACAACUGUUUUUGCUUAUUUGGAAAGUCGUGGUGGUGAUUAUCCUGAACAAGUCUUUUUUGGUUUACAAUACAUACUAAAAAAACAUUUAGUUGGACAAAUAGUAACAAAAGAAAGUCUUGAACAAGCAACUCAAUUUUGGAAAGAACAUUUUGAUUAUGAUAUUAUUGAUAAAAAAAUGUGGGAAUAUAUUAUUGAAAAACAUAACGGAUAUUUACCUAUACGUAUAAAAGCUGUACCGGAAGGAACAGUAGUACCAACUAAAAAUGUUCUUAUGACAAUCGAAAAUACAGAUCCAAAAUGUGCAUCAUUAACAACAUUUUUAGAAACAAUAUUACUCCAAGUUUGGUAUCCAAUAACCAUUGCUACUAAUUCUAGAGAAAUAAAAAAAAUUCUAUUAAAAGGAUCUAAACGAACAGGUGAUCCGUCAUUAGUCAAAACACAAUUACACGAUUUUGGUUUUCGUGGUGUAUCAUCAUAUGAAACGUCAGCAAGUAAGUAA